AUGAAGCUAACAUCAACUAAUAUUUUUCUGGGCAACAGUGAUGCGCAGCGUAACAACAUUGUUGCGAAGUUGCACAAGCGUGCCCUCAACACGCAGCCGGCACCACAGAUGUGCGACGAGGUUGAAGUGAAGGACAACAGCCCUGCACAGCCAGCAGAGCGUCCAAUGUCAAAGCGCGUGCUGAUCAAAAUGGUUCGCGGGAAGCCUUCAAACGAAAGUGCUGCAGUGAAGAAGUGCUGCGUUCCUAAUUGCACCAACAGCUCAGACAAGUCCACGGACUGCCCAUUAUCAUUCCACAAGUUUCCCAGAAGCACAGCUAUCAAAAAACAGUGGGCAAAGGCAAUCGGUCGUGCAGGCUGGUUGCCAGCAUCAACGACUGUCAUCUGCUCUGACCACUUCCGACCCGACGACUUCACCGACGGCGACCCAGGUUCUGGAAACCUAAUGAGCGGCACUGCUGUUCCAUCCAUCUUCAGGGCCACAGUUGCCCCAGAGGUCGUGCCAUCUAGCGGGGCCCAGUUGAACCAAGCACGUCUGCCAUCUCAGAGGCCAUUGCAGGGAGCAUCCAGUGAUGCACUGUCACCAGAAGUGGAGUCCGUCCUUUACAGCAACACAGGCAAGGCAGUGGUGUCUUUGUUUCAGAGGAAGACACCAGCCAAGGUUCUAAGCCCCGCCAAAACGUGCGCCGUGUCUAAGAACACCGGAGGCACCCCGAAGAAGCGAACUCUCUCAAAGGGUUCUUUGCCAGUCGAGAAGAAGAAGAAGAAAAAGCUCACAGUCAUGGACAUGAUGGAAGUGGACACUUCCAGCUUCUGGCUGAAGACGUUAAGCAACAGGUCAGUAAACUUUGUCCACAUCGUGCACCGACCCAUGCCGUACAUCACCCGGUCGGUGACAGUGUCUCCGGACAUGUCGGUGAUGGUGGCCAUCGAGGGCACGCGCCUGAGCCUGCUGCCAUGUGGCACGAUGGUGCCGAGCACCAUCGACAGCGUCGAGGCGUUACAUGACCUCCUGGACAGGGUAGAGAUGGUCGACGACACUGAGCGAAUCGACAACUGGCAGCUGCGCCGGCAGAGCACGCUGAAACUCGUCGCUGUGUUGCUACAGGAAGUGUGCCACAAUGUGGGCAACGCGGACAGUCAGUACAAAGUGCUCAGCUCGCUCAGAGACCAAGUGAGAGAUCUAUUGUGAGAGGGUCUGGCAACGGUGUGGUCAUUCCUGGCGGGAGGGGUGAGGGAUACUGGGGCAAAUUUGUAAAUUACUCUUGUUUCACCUACACUUACCGUUGCAUAUUCAUGUUUGGUAAGCUUUCAAUGUUUAUUGUAGUCUGAGGUCAUUUUACAGAGUUAUUGUCGGCACUGCAAUGACGUUAAGUUGCUCGAUGCCGCCACAGCUGUUUGAGAAAGAGGCAGUGAUCUUGUAAAUUGUCAUCAGAACGUGCUCGUCAAACCUCACUUGCGUGAUCACUUCAUCUUCAUCAUUUUGUGUCUUAGCCGUGUGUGUGUGUAUCACUCGUUUUUCUGACUGUGUGCUUUGAAGUGUAGUAAAGAUCAAUGUUGCGGAAUUUCCACUCCGAAAUUAGAAAUAAUCUGGAAUCAUUCCACAUUUUCACGACCUUGGAAUAGAAUGGGAAUGAAAUUGUAAGCGCCUUUUGCACAGAAUGGAACGAAAAUGUAAUUACGUUUUUUUUCUUAAAUCGAGCAUGUUUUUGUCUACACACUCUUUUUUAGUUUUCUGGACAUUUGUCAGAGCCUCAAAUUUAAUAAUAAAGCAGUAUUUUUUAAAUCGCUUGUAAGCAUGUUGCUAAUAGGCAACAUGCCUACUGCAAUUAAUUUUAUAAGUUGUGUUGCACCGAAGUUUGUCUUCGUGUUACCACGGCUCUAUGCCGUUGGUAUCCAUCGUGCAGAACUACGGUGGCGCCAUAACUAUCGACCCGUUGCGCCUAGUGACCCUUUCUCCUCAGCUGCGCCCCAACCUGUUGUCUCCUCAUCCCCCUUCUUUAAUUUUUCUUCCGUCACUGUCGGCGAUUCGGAUGUGUACUUGACAAAGCGUUUCUAUAAGUUAUUAUGCAUAUUGAUGAUGGCGGAAUGCUUGUGUUCACCGCAAGCUUUCGUAUACCAGCUUGCGUGCCGUCUCACCUCAUACUCCACUACCCCAACCACUUUGCAAUAAUGUCUCCCCUGUAUAGAUACAUGAGCGCCUUUGCCCAAUACUGAAUCGGUAAAGGUCUGUGAGGUCUCUUUAAGUUUAAAAAGCUGCGAGUGACUGCUACUGCUCUAGCCCGGGAGGUCAGGUCUUGUCGAGUUGAGAGCUGGUCAGCCUGCACCCUCACUGCUCUGGGGUGAGAUCGUUUGAUUAUUAUCGUGAUUCUUUUCCUUUGCAUUUUUUGUUUGCUCGGUCGAUACGACUCGGCAUAUACAAUUGUUUGUAUCUCCAGGCAAAGUGGGCAUUGAGGAGAAACGUAUCUUGCUAUACCCUUAAUUGCUACUGGUGUAGUAUCAUGCUCAAAUUUAGUCAUGUAAGCCCGAGUACUUGUUUUUUCGACGAACUCUCUACGUACGUUUUAAUCAGUCAGCCUAUGGUAGGUGUGGUGUAAAAGUGUCUAUGAUCUGCCAAACGGCAAAAGAGAAACCAUGGCAUGAGCUAGUGUACAGCAAAAUUUAUUAUCCCAGCAGAUAUUAUCCCGCACAUUGCUUCCCAUUUAUACCCGUGCUUUGAAGUGGCGAAUGCUCUAUGCAUAGCCUGAUCUUUAUCUUACGAGCAGUUAAGUACCCGACACGUGUGAAUAACCUUCGUGACAACGAAGACAUUGUAUACAUGCGCACAGGUGAACACAGGGAAUGUUCUCUUCACCCCAUUCAUGCUUGCGAGGUGCGCUUGAAAAGUGGGAGUGUUGACUAGCAGUGCAGCUCAGUUUUCUGUAUUCAAUGCAAAAGCACACAGUGCCUUUUACCUGAGCGAUGCACUGUUCCAACGAAUACAAGCACAUCUGGAAGGUUUUGUUCUUCAUUAACCAAAUCUUACUUUUCUCCACAAUGAAUACCGCUGAAUGUGAUGACCGCAACCUUAUAGGAGGUUCAUUCUUGAUAAAACUAUCAAGAUGUCUUUCCUACAUUGAGGAACAACACAAAUGCAAUUGAACUGCCCAGCCAUUCGGUUAAGUUAUUUUAUUCCAAGGAAUUGAAAUGAAUGGAAGUACGGCAAUUUCCGAUUCCCCAGAAUGGAAUGGAAGUACUCAUUCCGCAACACUGGUGAGAAUCCUUUUAAGAUAUAUCAGAAGUCAACACAAUGUUCGCGCCUGUUUAAGGCUUUAUUAUCUCGGUCUCAUGAAAUGGCAUGACUUGUGUUGUGUAAGGUGUUGUAACCUCUUGUUUUCUUCAAAGGCAGCGCAUUGUACAGUUUUCAUCAUAGUUGUCUGAUAUCAGGUGGGUUCAGUUAUAGACAAUGUGUGGCUCUGUUGCACUCCUUUGAAAUGUGUGGGGUCGCUUGCUGAUGAGAAAGCAGUUUAGCGAAUAGAGGCAGCAAUUGUAUAUACUACUUGCUGUGCAGCUUGUACUCGCUAGAAACGCGAUGCGCGAGGUCUUGCUGAAAGCCAGUAUACAAUACCGUCUGGUUUUAACAACAGCGUGUUCUUAUGUAAUGUACUUUCAAAAGUAGAAAUCUUUUUAACGGAAUACCUGCCUUAAAGGAACAGCUGCCUCUUUCAUGGUUGGUUUCUGGCUUGGUGUUUGUCUCUCUCUUGACAGAGCUCCUUUUAAAUGGAACACAUUUUCUUGAUCCCUUCUGGUUUCGUUAAAUGAUACUUUUUGGUAUCGGAUAUUCAUUAAAUGGGCUCCUUUCACAUACUGGUAUCAGUAAGAAAUCGUAAGAGUUUUUGUUAUUGAAUUGCACCUGUAUUGCAUGUGCAUGUUGGAUGUUUUCUGGCAAGCAAGAAGGGACUAUGCAAGCAAAACGGCAAUCAGUAUAUGUCUGUGUGGUACAAUCAAUUCCAGCAUGGGCGAUUGAACUGUUGUGCUCCUCGGAAUGCUACACCAGUUUUGAUUUUAUUAUUUGGCUAACUGCGACAGAUAUUUCCUGUUGUGUAUGUCUAGCAAAGCUUUUCAUGUCCUUCUUGUCUCUGUGUCGUCGUUUUGUUCUCGCGCUAUAACUAUCGUCAUGCCAUACCAACUAGCCCAAGCUGCCACACUUUUGGUACAGUUGUUGAUCUUGGGUGUUGAUAUAAACGUGUUCCUUUUUUGUGUGUUUUGGCCUCCCACUAAGUACUAAAGAAGCAAUUUUCAGCAGGGCCGCAUAAGUCUGUAUGCGGGGAUGUAGAACUCUACAGGCUUAUUUUUAAAGUACAGUGUUUCAUCAGAUUAUGUGUGCAUUCGUGCAAGCCAUGCCGGGUAAUUAGCUCGUAAUUGUUGCUUUGCUGCUCUAAUCUUUAAUUGUGUAGCAGUGUGUGUGCAUAGCAUUGUAGUAUUAGGGCUUGAAAAUGAAGAGCUUGAUCUUUGCUGUUGCUCUGCAGAGGGGCAGUAAAAGGAAAUGACUCUAUUUGAAGUGACAAAUUAUUUUGUUUUUGACUCGUGAAGUUUAUCAACAUAUUCUAAUAAAACUGUUCUGUGCGCCCUCA